CCAGCCCUUCUUGCCCUGCCCUGGCCUGGCCAGUGGAGGCAGGGAGGAGCCCAGGACACCCUUCCCUUCCUUUCCUCCUCACACCAGCUCUCCGGGAAAGUCUGUGCCAGACUCAGAGCUCACUGCUCUGGCUGAGUCAUGGCAUCCCAGGCUCUGCUGCCCACCCUGCUGCUCUGUGUGCUGCUGCUGCAAGCCCAGGGAGGGCCACAUCGUCGUCGGAACAGGAUGCAGAUUUCAGAUACACAGCCAUCCACAGAAAUCAAGGAGUGUGAGAAGAGAAUCCAGGUACAUUUGUGCAGACGCCCCUGUAAACAUCAAGGAGAAUGUCAAGCAAAUAACAUAUGCUGUCUGAGCUUCUGUGGAAGCAUUUGCAUGAACGUGCUCUGAGCGGGAGUGGGCUGGGCUGUGCUCGGUGCACCUCUAGCCCUCCACUGAAGACUGAACCAAAAGAACAAGGACCUCAGGUCCCAGGCACAGGGCUCUCAGCAGCAGUGCCAUUCUCGCCCCUGUGUG